CAACCCCCGCCCUCUCCACCAUGUUGGCUGGAUCAGGAAGUGGCUUUAGUGAGUCGAAGAAGCUGGAAUCUGAAGAUUGAGCACUAACGCAGCUACACCGGCCGUCUCUAUUCGACCCCCGCACACAUUCCACCACUUGUCCCAUUCGGCGUACAUGCUGGGCGGCCUCCCGCUCGCUCGAGGCAGCCACUUUUUCCCGGAUUGGACCGUUUCACAGCGCCAGACAUGGCUUCUUUGACUCAGAGAACCUCGGGCCUCGUCCAGCGGCGAACCGAGGCCACCCGGAGCGCCGCCGCCGACAAGGAGAGGGAACCCGACCCCGAGGAGGAGGACGCGCGUCGAGGCGAGGAGGACGAGGACGACAAGGGUGAUUCAAAGGAGACCCGACUCACGCUCAUGGAGGAGGUGCUGCUCUUGGGCCUCAAGGACCGAGAGGGUUACACAUCAUUCUGGAACGACUGCAUUUCGUCCGGCCUCCGAGGCUGCAUGCUUGUCGAGCUGGCUCUCCGGGGGAGGCUCCAGCUGGAGGCCUGCGGCAUGAGGAGGAAAAGUCUGCUCUCCAGAAAGGUGAUCUGCAAGUCUGAUGCGCCAACCGGAGAUGUGCUUCUGGAUGAGGCCUUGAAGCACAUUAAGGAGACUCAGCCUCCUGAGACGGUGCAGAGCUGGAUAGAGCUACUGAGCGGUGAGACGUGGAGUCCUUUUAAGCUGCACUACCAGCUGAGGAAUGUCCGGGAACGACUGGCCAAAAACCUGGUUGAGAAAGGUGUCCUCACCACCGAGAAACAGAAUUUCCUGCUUUUCGACAUGACCACUCAUCCGCUCACCAACAGCACCAUCAAACAGCGGCUGGUGAAGAAGGUCCAGGACUCGGUUCUGGAGAAGUGGGUGAAUGACCCUCACCGCAUGGACAAGCGCUUGCUUUCUCUGAUCCUGCUGGCGCACUCGUCGGACGUGCUGGAGAAUGCCUUUGCGCCCCUCCAGGACGAGCAGUACGACCUGGGCAUGAAGAGGGUGCACACGCUCUUGGAGUUGGAGCCUGAGAAAGAGAGCGCCAAGUCCGGCGCCAAUGAACUCAUGUGGGCCGUGGUGGCCGCCUUCACCAAAUGAGAAGGGAAAUCCUAUUUUUCCUUUUUUUUUUUUUUUCUUUUUUCUUUUUUGUUUUUUUUUUUUUUCUUUUUUUUUUUUAAAGGCGCGAUGCAGUUGGACCCGGAUUGAUUUCUGAAGGACGUCAAAUGAGACUAAAGAGACAAUCUAAUUCAGGUCGGGGAAGCCAUUUUGUGCGGUCCGCGUUGUUAGUAUCCCAGUGCAAUCUCCCAUCGGUGGUGGGCGUCACCUGGUUCAAGGAAAGGGUUAGCUUGAGAACAGAAUGGACCCUACAGUAAACACGGCGGGAGAAAAUGGACGCUGUCGUCAUGGUGACUUAUGAAGGAAGCGUCAUGUACCUGCUCCGAUGCCGAACAUUCAGCCAAUCAUGAGGCGGACGACUACGGAAAUCCGUUUGAACAUUUUGUCAACAUCCUUGAUAGCAAGCUCAAAGUCCAUGUACUAGUCCGCGCUUCGUACUCACUAAAGGAAGAGAAGUUGGCGCACCAGUAUGACGACUACGGCGUGGAGUCUUUGGUCAAAAGUAGUGCUUUGCUGACAUCUUGUGGAACCUGUAGGCAGUUGGAAUCCUUUUGGGAGUCGAGAGGGAGAGGGUGCGUCUGACGAAUGGCGUUGAACUUGAAACACUAAUGCCUUCCACUACUGUAUGACAUUUCAAUAAAAUAGUAGAUCAACUAAGGCAUACUUGUCGGACUAUUACUAGUGAGGGAGAACUAUAUCAUUGUAUCAUGUGGGAAAUUUGGCACGACGAUUAGCAUCCAGGACGUUCCCACUUGUUAGGCCUGAUAUUGUUACUACUGCAACCAAUUAGUUUGCUAAUACAGUUUAAUUGCGCUCUGGUUGGCUAAAAGUAGUACUUGUGGGAAAUACUCAACUAUUAACUAGUAAGGCGACUCUGCUGGUGGGCACUACUCAUUUUACUAGUGCCCUGAAUUGUCUUAUUAUUGAGGGCAAAGAACGUACUAGUACAUGGACCUUGUACCAGCAAAUUAAUGCUCUAAUGGCUUGCCAUAGAAGACCGACCUUUCCCAUGAUGCCGCUUCCUGAUAUACGUUUAUAUAUAUAUUUUUUAACCACGAUGCCGCAAAUGUUUUUUCUUUUUAAAGUUUGAUUUCCCUUUCUUCUCUCGCGGCAUCUAAACAAGAUAUACACAAUUGGGCGUCCACUUCUGCUUCUUCUCGUAGUUUUGCCAUUUAUCAAGUGUUUUUUGCACAGCUUCGUAGCUAGUCCAGGAAGUUGAGGGGUUUGGCCCUUUGACGCUGUAGAAAAAAGAAAAAAUGAAAUAUUUUAUAUGCAGCUACUGAUGACAAGUGAGUCAUUCCACAAAGCGGAGUGGGUCAGACAGACCUCUUGCGUUUUAAAACAAAAUGAUGACCAUUCAUGAUUAUUUACUGUCAUUUUGACACGUUCGUCCAAGCAGAUGCGAAUUGGCAUCCCUCGCUGUGACGUUUUAGUUCAGUCGAGUUCGGCCGUCGUUUUCGCACGUGCUAACCGCUUUAAGGCGACGAAACGGAACCUCCAAAGUCCGCACUAGCAACUUCUUUUCUCGCUCCCAUAUGUUCAAAACUAUAUCAAAUGGCAGUAAGCACAAAAACAAAAAAUAGUAAACCCGUUUUUCAGCGAGCAGAGGUUACAAAAAAUAUGCUAACAGGUGAAGGAGUGAAUCGAGAGAAGGCGCUGGAACACAUUCAAUGUUUGAAUCAAACUGAUAUAAAUGUUUACUAUAAUAGUCUCUUGAGAUUAAGCUGUGUUGGUAAAAGUGCACAAGGCGGUUAGCAUGAGCAACUUCAAGCUGUUACUAGCUAGCCUAUCUAUGUCUUUACUCUGUCUCCAUCAAGCAGUCAGACUUAAAACGCGUGGCACUAGUUACAGGAGAUCUUUAAAAAUAAUAAUAAUAAAAUAAGCUGCCCCGGCUCAGAGUGAAAACAUAAAGUACAAAUCUAUCAAAGUAAAAACAAAAAAUUCACAUGGCUACUUGUUAUCACAAGACAAAAUUACUGGGACACAAUCCCAAAAUUUUGGGGUUGGUGGGGCGGGGGGACUUGGAACGCUAACAUGCUCACUGUCACAUGUCGAAACAACCGCUAAUGUAUUAGAAAACGGAACAAAAAGUGCAUUUGGGGGUUUGUGCGAGAUGCUAGCGUAGCUAGUCUACCUAUUAACAUACUGCUCCCCCUGCAACACGAAGUGCAUAUCUUGGCUAAUGUGAGAAGCUAAUAUACUAUGUCUUGGCUUACUUUCUUACAUUUUUGGGAUUUUGGAGGUUCCGCUGUACUUUUAUUUUAAUUUUGGCUGUUAUUUUGGAAUGGGGGGGGGGGGUGAUAAUCACGCGCCAUCUCUACAAACAGGCCCAACAAAGUUAAAAGAUCAACAAAAGGGACCUCACUAUUUUUUUUUUUUUUUUUGGUUUCUGUUGUGGUGCAGGGCUGACAAAAAAAGAAGAGGAUUUCCAGCUGUUUGGUGGCAUUUAUGUUCUUCCAUUCCCGCACAGCAACACCCAAAGGCGAAAGAAGGGAGGAAGGGAUGUUUGCAUGCAACAGGCAGAUGUAGCUCCAGAAGAAGACUGCGUCCUCUGUGUAAUAAUUCUAUUGAUUAUUAGUCAUUUUAUGUGUACAAGCUAACGGAAUUGUACAAAAAAAGGGAUCUCUCCUAUCCCCUCUAUCUGUAUGCUUUUGUAUUACCACAUGAAAAUAAAGUAAAAGAUUCUUUUAAGUGCCUGAAUUUA